AUGGAUUUCAAUGUUGAAUGGAAUUUUGAAUCUGAAAUAUCGAUGGAUAAUGCUUUAUAUGAUUGUAUACCACCAGAAUUAGUGGUCAGGAUUGACCAUUAUUUAUCAUUCGAAGAUAGCCUUAAUUUUCAGGAAUGCUCGAAUUAUAUCAAAUCCGUAUUGUGCUCUAAUUGGUGUCAAUAUAAUAAGAUUCAGAUAAGCGAUGACCCUCUCGAUUGUUAUAUUACUAGUACUAAAGAUCAUAUACCUAAACGAAAUUUUUUGGAAAGCAAUUUGAAUACAGUUUUUAUAACAUGUAACAAGAUUGUGGAAGUAAUGAUGAUUAUGAAAGAUGUCGGAUCAUUAGAGGGAUGUGGUUCUGAUGUACCGCAAUCAUUGAAAGAUACAUCCUUGUAUCAAACAAAUGGUUAUUUGGGAUAUCUGUUUUCGAAGAUACCUCAACAAACAAUAGUUCAACUGAAGACUGUUUCAUUACAUGUUGAUAUUAUGCGUGAUAAUUUAAGACAGUUAUGUUUUCCAUGUCCAACUCAAGAUCUCCUUUAUUCCAUUCAUCAUUUGGCCGAUUCUCACUUUGAAACUUUCACUCAGAUUUCAUUUUGUUCAGCAACGAUACAAUGUGAAGAUUAUCAUCUUAGAAAUAUGUUAUUGAAUGGUAUGGAAAUGACACUGAAAAAUAUUGGUAAAUAUUGUGCAAAAACUGAUUUCACUGUUGAUGCGGCAGAUGGUUAUGCAGAUAUGACAGUGGAAAAAGGAAAAAUGGAAUAUUCAUUUGCAUUUUUCUACUACAAUCCUCAUAUUUGUGGAAUAGAAGCAUUAACAACGAUGGAAGGAAUGGAUCAAAAUGAUCAACAUAUUGUUAAUUCAUCUUUCCCUGAUGAAAAAUUGAUUAGUAAUAAUGAUAGGAAUGAUAAUGGUGGUGAUAAUGAUAGUAGUAAUAGUAGUAGUAGUAGUAAUAGUAAUAGUAGCAAAAAUAAUAUUAAUAGUGGUAGUAAUAGUAAUAGUGCUUUAAUGUGUAUGAAUACAAUAAAUCAAAUUCAUUGCCAAAGUGAUUUGCAAACCUCAAAUGAUAUGUAUACAUCAUUUUGGAGAAAUUUAAUGACAAUUCAUUAA